UCGUUGAUAAACCACUGUCCCCUUUCAUUCUUCUCCUGUCUCUUUUCUUGAAGGAGGAUCUCGCCCAUUUCUUCCUCCUUCCCCCCGAUUUUCCCGGCGAGAAGGUGGAUAACGUCCAACCCGGAAAAGGACCCAGAAAGCUCUACAUGCCCUGAUCAUUCAUCUCCGCUGUCAACUGCCAGAAAGGAGGAAUCUUUUCUCAAUAGGUUUCUGUUAUAUAUGCUUGAAUUCCGAAUGUUUAGGGCCUCUGCCUCCCAGUUUUGAGGAGGCAGGCCUUCAUCGGAUGAACAUGGAGUUGUUAUUUGUUAAGAGUUAGGUGUGAGCUGUCGAUUGAGUUGUAAAAUUCUGCUGGGGACAAUCGCCUUUCCUUGUCUUGUUUCUUAGUCUGUUCCCCGUGGUCGGACCCUCUCAAAUCCGAAUUCCUCUUUGGGUUUUUCUGGAGCCUGUCGGUUUGUUCGCCAAGUCUUACCUAAAUCGAGUUGGGUUUCGUGGAACUCGGUUGCGGGCCGGAGUUUCUUCUGAUUGGUGGCUUGUUGAUAGACUCUGCAAACCGAAGUUGGUCGAUUUCAGCCGCUUGGCUCUGUCUUGAGGGGACUUUUUUGUUUGAACUUGAACGAGUAACUCGAAUUGGUUUUCUAAGAAAUCUAUCUUGAUCGAGAAAAUGUCAGCCGCAAGUUGAUUGCUUUCCUGUGGAAAUUUGAGCUCUUCGUUUAUCAUUCGGGUUGACAUCAUUGCGAGAAGCAACAAUUUAAAGGAAGAAGGGAAACUUUUGGUCAGGGAAAAUGACGUUAGGAUCGAUGCCUGGAAGCUCUGGGUACUUGGAUUUGUACCCAGAGAGGAAAAUGUCAUAUUUUGGCAAACCGUAUGUGCUUGGACUAACCGUGGUUGCAGGGAUUGGUGGACUGCUUUUUGGCUAUGAUACAGGUGUUAUAUCAGGUGCCCUUCUGUACAUUAAAGAUGAUUUUGAGGCAGUCAAUCGCAGUAGCUUUUUGCAGGAAACAAUUGUUAGCAUGGCAUUGGUUGGGGCAAUUAUUGGAGCUGCCUCAGGGGGUUGGAUAAAUGAUGCUCACGGUCGUAAGAAAGCCACCCUUGUUUCUGAUGUGGUUUUCGCUGUAGGAGCUGUUGUUAUGGCUGCUGCUCCUGAUCCUUAUGUGCUUAUUUUGGGUCGGCUUCUAGUGGGUCUCGGAGUUGGGGUGGCAUCUGUAACUGCUCCUGUAUAUAUUGCCGAAGCGUCACCUUCAGAAGUGAGGGGAGCACUUGUGAGCACUAACGUGCUAAUGAUAACUGGCGGACAGUUUCUUUCCUACCUCAUAAACCUUGCUUUCACAGAGGUUCCAGGGACUUGGAGAUGGAUGCUCGGAGUAUCAGGUGUGCCAGCUGUCAUACAGUUUUCUCUCAUGCUUUGUCUGCCUGAGUCACCACGUUGGCUUUUCAUGAAGAACAAAAAGGAUGAGGCUGUUACUGUGAUGUCUAAAAUUUAUACCCUCGAUAGAUUGGAAGACGAAAUUGACCAUCUCUCUGCUUCGUCAGAGGCCGAACGCCUUAAAAAGAAUAAUGUCCGAUAUCAGGACGUGUUUAAAUCCAAGGAAAUCAGACUCGCAUUUAUAGCUGGUGCUGGACUUCAGGCAUUCCAGCAGUUCACCGGCAUAAACACUGUGAUGUACUACAGCCCGACGAUUGUGCAGAUGGCAGGUUUCUCUUCCAACCAGCUGGCGCUCCUGCUCUCCCUCAUCAUUGCGGCCUUGAAUGCAGCUGGGACCGUUGUUGGGAUCUACUUGAUCGACCACAUGGGCCGAAAGAAGCUUGCCCUCAUGAGCCUGUCGGGUGUGAUCGUAUCCCUCGCGAUCCUCUCGGGCUCAUUCUUUGCCGAGGCGUACUCAGGUUCCUCCACUGGCGUGUAUGGGCCGCUUGCCAUCGUGGGCCUGGCACUGUACAUUGCAUUCUUUGCCCCUGGGAUGGGGCCCGUCCCCUGGACGGUGAACUCUGAGAUAUACCCUGAGGCAUACCGGGGAAUCUGUGGGGGGAUGUCAGCUACUGUAAACUGGGUUUCGAAUUUGAUCGUGGCCCAGACAUUCCUCUCAAUCGCUGAGGCCCUGGGGACCGGGGCAACAUUUGCAAUCCUAUGUGGCAUUGCUGUGGUUGCCCUCAUAUUCGUGGGCUGCUACGUGCCUGAGACCAAGGGGCUGACGUUCGAGGAAGUAGAGAGAAUUUGGAAGGAGAGGGCCUGGGGAAAUACUUACACGAGGGAGACUGGGGAGGGCCUCCUUGAGGAAGGUAGCCCGUCCCAAGGGUGAUAGUAAAACUGUCGUUCAUAGUUGGUUUUCGUCAUCAAUAAUGGGCAUGUGUAUUUAUGCGAAAGGACGGUAUUCCGGGUGCAAUUAUCAAUUUACAACACAAAAGCCUGGAAUAUUAUUUUACUUUCUACGCCUGCUGUGGGCAUGCGGGAUGGUUUGGGAUUGGGAUGUAGAGAAUGAGAUCCAUAUGCAUCCUUGCAUCGUGUGCGUGAGAAAAAUGGAUGUUUCAAAUGACAGUGGACUUACUUUGUGUUC